GAUCUGGGGCCCACAUGUUUUAUUGGCUUUUCCAUACAACUGCAAAUGUAACAAAUCACACAGAAAGACCACUCAUUGUGUGGCUACAAGGUGGUCCUGGGGGUUCUUCUACUGGAAUUGGAAAUUUCGAAAUACUUGGACCUCUUGAUCUAUCGCUUCAAGAAAGAAAUUAUACUUGGGUUAAGAAUUUCAAUGUUCUUUUUAUUGACAAUCCCGUAGGUACGGGAUUCAGUUACGUCGACGAUUUGAAAUAUUUGACAAGGACUAAUGAUGAGAUAGCUUUGGACUUUGUUGAACUGAUGCGAGGGUUCUAUCGAGCUAAUCCUGAAUUUGAAGGAGUUCCACUUUACAUUUACGGACAAUCGUACGGAGGGAAAAUGGCAAUUGACAUGGGUAUCCGAAUGCGUGAGGCGGAAUUAGCCGGUUCAAUUAGAUCAAAUUUGCGAGGUAUCGCUAUGGGUAACGCAUGGAUCUCACCAGUCGAUGCCACACUAACUUGGGGACCUCUGCUCCUCGCAGCUGGCCUCGUUGACCAAGCAGGAUACGAUGACAUACAAAGAAAUGCUAUGGAAGCCAAACGACUUUUUGAUGAAAAACAAUACUACGAAUCCACGUCGCAAUGGGCAGCAACCCAGCAAGCCGUGUUUAGGAGAACGACAAAUGUUGAUUUUUAUAAUAUACUGACUAAAACGUGGACUUCUCGGCCGGAUACUUUUCAAAAUGAUUACGAAUUUGCAAGAGACAUGAUGAUUCGUGACGGACACUACACGUCGCCUCGUAAUCAAGAGUGGAACCUUAACGAGCUAAUGAAUACAAAAGUUAAAGAGUGGUUGAAGAUUGACAGAAAUAUUACAUGGGGCUCCCUUUCAAAUGUGGUGUUCAAUUACUUAAGAGAAGACUUUAUGAAGCCGGUUACUGACGGCGUCGAAAAACUCCUUAACGAAACAGAUAUUAUUAUCACUAAAUACAACGGUAAUCUUGACUUAAUCUGUGAUACUCCUGGACAAAUGUUAUGGGUUGAUCGUCUUAAGUGGCCGGGAGCUGACGGAUAUAAAAACGCACCUCGGCUGCCGAUCUGGGAGAACAAUCGGCUUGAAGGCUACUACAAGUCCUACGGCAAAUUUAGAUUUUUCUGGAUAAAUAUGGCUGGACACAGCGUUCCACGAGACAACCCAGAAGGAAGCAAUGCCUUUCUUCGUGACAUGACGUCAUUCGGUUGAUGUAUUUGUUAUUAAAUAGUAUAAAUCUGAUAUUUUUUUUAUUCUAUU